CGUAAUGCUGGAAGAUAACGGAUUCCAGGAUUACCUGAUGAAUGCUAUGGUAAAUUUAGUCCAAGAAUUUAGACAAGGCGAUAGGAACGAGGAGUUCCUACCAGAAAUGAAACUAGCACUCGAAAAUCUCACCUUCAUUUACCAUCCAAGAAAAUUACAUAAAUCAGACAGAGUGAGAUUUCGCUUUAGUAGUGUAAUUUGAUAUUUUUCUGACAAAAUUCUUGUAGGCACUCGAAGUUGUAUUGAAACAACAAUUUUUUACACCUUUGAGUGAAACAUACAUUGAAAUAGUGAGCAGCUACUUGGAGAGAGACGAGCAGGAUGAGCAUUUGCGUAUCAUGAAGUUUGUCACAGAAAAAUGCCAAUUGGAUUAUGUUUGGAUAGAGGCAAUUUUUCCCGAAGAGCCAGCUAUCGUCGAUGCAUAUAUGUUUCACACAUUUUAUGCGCCAGUCAAACCUAUAUUACUAAGUACUGUGGACAGAUUGUUCAAAGAAGAGAAAUAUGAAGCGCUCGCAAGACUGUACAAGGCGGACUGCGAUGGCAUUGACAUGUUUUACUUGACCUCGACAUUUGAUACAAAUAUCCAAAGAAAAACAACAGAAAUUGUGGAAAAAUCGGCUCAAAAUGACCAGCUGAUAGAGGCCCUCGUUAAACUUUACGCAGAGGAGUAUAAAAUGAUCAAAAACUUCUUUAGAGGUGACAGUUUGUUUUUGGACCUGCUGAACAAGGCUGUAGCACCCAUUUUGAAUAAGAAAACUGAUUCAAACUCUCCUUGCAAGUCCACCGAGAAGGUUAAUUUUUAUUUUAUCUAAAAUUUGUCAUAUUAUGACCAUACAACCAAACCUAUAUCAACAGUUGGCAAAAUUACUUGACACCCUCAUGCGCAACAAGGACCUAUCAGAGAUCGAAAUUGAGGAGGAAUUUGAUCGUAUAGGCCCUAUUUACCAAAUCCUCCUCGAAAAGGAUGUCUUUGAAAGAUUGUACACUGUUUUGACCGCGAAACGACUUCUCCAGAAGGUUUCUCGGUCAUUGGUACUCGAAAGGGCACUUUUGAAACGAUUGCCGCAGGUGAUUAAUGAAUGCCCAAACUGUUUUUGAUAAUUUCUAUAUAUGCAUACUUUUGUUUUAGUGGGGAAUGAUGAACCCAACCAUGAUCUACAAUAUCAACGCCAUGAUUGAAGACGUGUUAGCGUCAGACAUGAUGCUCGAAAUGUUCAACAGAUCAUCCAUGGUCACGAAAAAUGAAAAUGACUUCGUAUUUUCCGCCCAGGUCAUGAAAUCCAAUACUUGGCCAAUACGCAGCUCAGAUCGUACCCAAAUCGAACUAUCUGGCGAGUUGAAGGCUGCUUUGGUUAAGUACGAAAGCAUUCAUAGGCUCUCCUACGACCAUCGGAAGCUGAUCUGGAAUUACCAACAAAGCAAAUGUGAAAUGGCAAUUAACUAUUUAGACAAGCCCUACAUGCUCUCAAUGAACACCUAUCAAAUGGCAAUCAUACUCCUUUUCGAAAAAAAUGACCAUCUUGGCUUCAUGGACAUCAAAGAGACUCUCUCAAUCCCUGAACAUACCCUCAUUGAUCAGCUUGCUUGCCUGGUCGAAAGCAAACUCCUCAUCGCUGACCCAAAGGUUUUCAGCGCGAAUUGCCAGUUAUCGCUGAAUUUCAAGUACAGGAAUGCAAAUACCAAAGUUAAAAUUCCGAGCAGACCAGAACAUUGCGAAGCAUUUCUUGAAAAGACUGAAGAUAUUGAGAUUGUCCUCCGACAUAGGCGAUUCAUCAUUCAGGCUGCAAUAGUUAGAUUCGCGAAGCGGAACUCGCCAGUGAGCCACGACCAUCUUCUCUCUGGGGUGCGGCAAAUUCUUGAAGAUAAAUUUGAGCUGGAAAUACCGAUGUUUGAAAGGGCUACUGCCGAUCUAAUUGAUGGGAAGUACUUGGUAGAGGACCUUAAUAACAAGAAACUGUACAGAUACCACGUUCCCUAGUUCGUUCUUUGGACAGCCACUUAAAUCGUUUAUUGGGCUUAAAAUUAAUAACGGUGAUUGUCAAGAAUGUAAAUUUUUGUUAAAAAUGUGCAUUUACAGAAAUUUCUGAAUAUUUGCCGCAGUAUUUUUCAAAUUGUUACUUAAAUUAUUGCAGUUUUGUUGCAAUUAUUUAGUUACCAUUUUAUUUGAUACACAAACUUGUAAACUCAGGAUGAUCUCAGCUAAUAAUUAAGUUGUUAAAGUAAAAAAAAUAAUUACGUUAUUUUAUACUGUAUUGCCGCUUGUUUGUCACCUAAAGUUGGCGGCGCCAAAUGUGCCCAUUAGUUGUCGCUAACCUAU